CACGAAUGAGUAUAAAAACAUUUCUAAUAAACCGGCCUCGAUUCAGUUCGAAAGCGUUAGCGGAACGCAAAGUAUUCAACGGUUCUCCCACACACAAUCAAAUCUCAAAGAUGUCCUACAAAGUAGAAGCACUGCCCGACUCGUAUGCCGGCCUGGGCGAAGGUCCCCACUGGGAUGUGGACCGCCAGAGCCUGUACUACGUGGACCUGGAGGUGGGCUUCAUCCAUCGCUACGACUUCAGGCAGAACAAGGUGUACAAGGCCCAGAUCGAGGGCGAGACAUUCGCCUCCUUCAUCCUGCCCAUCGAGAACAGGCCGCAGGAGUUUGCGGUCGGCUGCAACCGGCGCUGUGUCGUCGUCCAGUGGGACGGCGUGGCCACCGUGGCCAAGGUCCUGCGCGUCCUGUUCGAGGUGCAGCCUGGCUUGGAGGACAAUCGCAUCAACGAUGCCAAGACCGAUCCUAGGGGACGCUUUGUGGGCGGCACCAUGUGCUGCUCGGGCGACAUCUUCACGCAGUGGAAGGGCGAGCUCUACAACUGGCAGGCUGGCGGCCAGGUCACCAAGAUCCGCGGCGAGGUGGGCAUCUCCAAUGGCCUGGCCUGGGACGUGAAGGCCAAGAAGUUCUACUUCAUUGACACCAACACGCACGAGGUCGUGGCCUACGACUACAAUGUGGACACCGGUGCGGUGGCCAAUCCCAAGGUGGUCUUCGAUCUCAGGAAGAUCCGACCCAAUACACCGCUCUAUCCCGAUGGCAUGACCAUCGACACCGAGGGCAACAUCUAUGUGGCCACCUUCAAUGGUGGUUCCGUCUUCAAGGUGAAUCCAAGCUCUGGUAAGAUCCUGCUGGAGAUCAAAAUCCCCACCACGCAGAUCACCUCAGUGGCCUUCGGGGGCCCCCAGCUGGACAUUCUCUUUGUGACGACGGCCAACAAGUUCGAUCAGCCCGUCCCCGCUGGGACCACCUACAAGGUGACCGGCCUCAGUGCCAAGGGCCUGCCCGGUGUCCCCCUGAAGAUCUAGAUUAGAUUGUAUAUAUAUUAUAUAUGUAUAUAAAACGAAUUCAAUUAAA